UGAAUUAUUAUUCAGGUUUAAUAAAAUAAGGUUAAAAGGAUGAUCAAGAAGAUUUCUUAUGCCUCAGGGACAUCCAAAAUCAACACAGUCCCUGAUUCCAGUAAUGGAAUCAAUAACUAUCUUAAUUCUAAUCCUGGCUGCUCAGAAGUAGAUGAGAACCAAAGCCUUGUUUCCUCUUUAUUUGAAACUUUUAAGACUGUUAGUGAGGAUCAGCUAGACCCUGAGUACAGUAUAGAACCGUGUAGUAUUCUUAUGUGUCAAAAAGUGCUGGAUGGUUUUGAAGAGAUUGAAGUCUCAGAUCUGGAAAAUUCUGGCGAUUAUUUGUCAAAAAUCUCUCCUCAAGAAUUCUCUAUUAAAAAGGAAUAUUUGUAUCACACUAAUAUCAAAAAUUUUAAGCUUGAACAAUCGCUUGUGGAUGAUAGUGACGAUACUCUUAAUUUUGAAGACUCAGAAAGGUCUCUUGAUGACGAAAGUAUCGGACUAUGGACAAAGAGCGAUACCUGUCAAUUGAAAAGGGAUUAUUACUCCCUUUCAAAGUGCAAAUCUGAAGGAUUACUUCCUCUUCUUCCCAUGAUUGAUGAAGAUUUGUUCUAUAUUAAUGAGCUGAAAGUUUGGGGUCAAGAAAAGCCUCCGGAAGAUUCUCUGACAGAGCAGCAGAAAGCUGUUAGAGGGAAGAAUAGAGGAGAAGUUCCUUUAACUUUUUAAGCGCAGCUUUUGCAUCAACUUCACAUUACAUGGACGUAAAAGACGUUGCAGACUUACAAAGCUGUGCAUCAUUUGUUUUAUUGAAUAAAUAUUUGUCACGAUUUAAACCUGCUUGGAGGAGGACUUUAAGUUGAUAAUUUGUGAUUAAGACCUAACUUGUACAUUCCAUAACAGUUACCAGAAUAGUCAAUGCUUCAUUUGGCUGUGGAUGAGAUAGGAUAUUCACUUUUGGCAGCCAAGUUAAGGAGGGUUUCAAAAUUUAAAUUUAGUCCUGAAUGCAUUGUUGAUUACAAGUCCAACAAUCUUUUUACCAAUUUGUAUUUAAUUGGAUAAAGUUUGCAGAUUUUAAGCAAAUCAGAUUCUUCGCACUUAAACAGCUCAUGCUUACAGUUGAUAGUUCUCCCUCAACAGCAUUUUCAGAGUAUGUUGAAAUGAUUACAUUUUUAUAAGAAAAUGACAGUUCCUUCUGAAAUUUGGCUUAGCUGGCUAAAUCUGUUGAAGAAAUAAGAAUUUGGUUGCCAGCUCAGCAAUAUUUUCAUAAAUAAAUAUUGAUGUGCAGUCAUCUUCUUUUCUCUAUUUGAUUUUGUACUUCUUUUCCAGUCGGCCUUGUCUGAGUUGUGCCGAUUUGCCUUUGGCCAGAGUCACUGUGAAGAAGCGAUGACGUAAAUUCUCAAUAUUAGACCAAAGAAUUAGAAAUUUUUAAUGAGAUAGUAAAAGAUAUAAUUUUGAUAGUAGGAGUUGGUCACGGGAAAUUUUAAGUCAACCUAUUCGAAUUAAAGUCAAUAAGUUGUGGUAGAACUGCUUUAGAUGAAGCGAAGCUAUUGCUGUAAGAAAUUCCUUGUCCACUAAAAUAAGAUUCAAGAGAUUUUCUGUUAUAAUACUGUUCUGUUAAGUUAAUUCGUCGAUAAAGAGAUAUAAAUUAGAGCAGUGAUAGUUGUCUUUAUCAGAGCAGAAUUAUGAUCAUUAUUAUCAAGAUAAAAUAUAUCUGCAUUAGCACCGCUAGUCAUUUCUUAUAAGCAUUUUCUGAUAAUUCUGUAUCAACUGAAAUCAAAUUUCAAGAGUGUUUCUUAAAGCAUG